GCAGGGUCGAUAUUUAUUUUUGAGGAAUGAUUGGCAACACUUUUCUGAAAGGACCAGCGAUUGUAGCAGGAAUCGGCACCAUGCAGACCCUUCUUUUGCACUGUUGAACUCACUCGGGAAAACUCGGCCGCCAUGUCAGCGCAUAAAUGGAACUCAACGGGGUCCAUUGAAGUGGACAUGACUCAAACCCCCAAGAAGAAUGGUGCAGAUCACGGACCAUCCGGAGGAAAGCAAAAGUCUCGCAGCAGAUACGACGACGCUUUGCGCAACUUCUUACCGAUGGGACCUGCUCCGAAAUCUCCGGAAGAUGAUCGACCGAACGUGAAAGUGAUACCAAAUGGAUCUGUCAGCGUGUUUUCGUACCUGUGGGCAAACUGGUUGUCAGCAACAAUGUGGAAAGCGUGGAAGACUGGCCUGAGUCCAGAUGAUUUGUGGGAUCUCCGCGGCGCGGACAAGAGCGAGGCGACGGCCAAGCGACUCCGUGCCGCCUGGGACGCCGAACUCAAAAAGAAAGGACCGCAGGAGGCGUCCUUGUUUUCAGCGUGUUUGAGAGCCAUGAGAACCCGACUGCUCGUCUCUGUCGUCUUCAUGAUGAUUUCCACCGUAUUUCAGUUUCUUGCCCCCACUUGGGUGGUGAAAUCGCUGCUGGACUUCGUGGCGAGCAACGGGAACGCGGACGCCGCCGAGCGACUGCCCCUGUCCUGGGGCCUGACGUUGGUGGCCCUGCUGGCGUGUUGCCUGUUGGCGCGGAACGUGACGCAGAACGCCAUGCUGGCAGUGGGCGCUCACACUGGCGCACGGGUCAUUGGCGGACUCCAAGUGCUGGCCUAUGAGCGCGUGUUGUCGUGGCGAACUGCCGCCGGCGAUUCGGACUUGCUGGUGGGCCAGCUAACCAACUUUUGCGCCAACGACAUGGACCGAGUCCUGGAGGCUGUGUAUCUGGCGCCGAUGAUCAUGUCGGUGCCGGUGAUGUUUGUAGCGUGCAUGGCCUACGCCAUCCACAUCAUGGGCGCCUGGGUCCUCUUGGGCAUUUUCACCAUUUUCCUCUUUUAUCCGCUCAUGUCCGGACUGGCGGCGUUCGUGUCGCGGUCGCGGCAGGUGACGGCGCGUCUGACGGACAAGAGGAUCUCUCUGGUCGGCGAACUCUGCGCGCAUAUUCGGCUCGUCAAGAUCUACGCCUGGGAACAGUACUUGAAAGAACGCAUCAAUGAUCUGCGCAAACCGGAACAGAAGGCGCAAGAAAAAGCGGCAUUUUUGCAGAGCAUUACGAUGACCUUGACGGGAUCGGUGGCAAUUUUGGCAGCAGUCGUGACGUUUUUGGCGUAUAGCUUGGCCGGAAACGAGUUGGACGCAGCCGCGGUUUUUACGGUUUUUUCCAUUUUCGGUGCCUUUCAAUUUUCGCUCGGAAUCUUGCCACAAACAGUUCGAGUUAUUGCUGAAGCUGCCGUUGCCCUUCGACGACUCAAGAAGUUAAUCCUGUUCGAUCCUCCGGAAAUCGGUGCUGCCGGCUUGUCGCACGAUCCCUGCAAUGCGAUCGAAUUGGAGAAGGCGAGCUUCGUGUGGGACACGGAGAACUGGGAAAGCGUGGACGAAACCCCGGUUAAGAAGAAGAAUAAGAAGAAGAAAGCGGCGCGUGGAAGACGGAACAAGAAGGUGGAGAAUGGAACAGUGAAUCAAAAGCUGGAAGAAGAAGAACAAGUUGAACUCAAUACAAGCGUGCCAGAGGACAAGAAAAUCAAAGAGAAUCUCGUCUUGAAAGACAUCAACUUGGUUGUGCCUCGCCAAGGACUCGUGGGGCUUUGUGGCCCAGUCGGUUGUGGGAAGUCCUCGCUUAUCGCUGCCAUCUCGGGCAAUUUGCGUGAGGUGAAGAGCGAGAAUUGCCGUCGAAUUUCCGGGCGAAUCGCCGUCGUGUCGCAAACCCCGUGGAUCUUCAACGCGACCUUGCGUGAGAACGUUCUUUUCGGGCUGGACUACGACGCGGAACGGUACGAGCGAGUGUUGGAGGCGUGUUGCUUGCAGCGGGACGUCGACUCGUUGCCCAACGGCGACGAGACGGAGAUUGGCGAGAGGGGAGUGAAUCUCAGCGGAGGGCAGAAGCAGCGGGUCAAUUUGGCGAGGGCUGUGUACGCCGACAGAGAUAUUUAUUUAUUGGAUGAUUGUCUUAGUGCUGUUGAUCCGGAAGUAUCUCGGGACAUUUUUGCGUUGUGCAUCCGAGGGCUGUUGAAAGGCAAAGCUGUGCUGCUUGCAUCACAUUCCUUGCAGCUGCUGGAAGAAUGUGGUUACGUGUACUACUUGGAAGGCGGCAGGAUCGCCAGCGAGGGUCUGUACGAAGACCUGGUGGCCGACACUGAAGGCCGCUUCAUGAGCCUGGUCAAGUACGACAGGACCCGAGGCCUGAAGGGCGGCGCCGAGUCCCGCCGAGCUGCAACAGGAGGCGGCGGUGGAGAAGCGGACGCUGGAGACUCGAUCCAUCGAGACCGAACCGGCGGCCAGUUGAUUGGCGAAGAAACAUCCGCCACUGGCGGCGUGACGAUGAACACCUACUGGAGCUACUACCGCCGUUGGGGCAACGUUUGCGCCGCCACUUUGUGCAUGAUCGUCGUGCUGGCCUACUGCUUGGCGCGGAUCGUCAUCCCGCGCUGGCUGCAGCUCUGGAUCGACGACUCGGCGAUCGGCGGGGAGGACGGGCAGACGUUGGAAGAGGACACGCACAUUUACCGGAUUGUGCUGACUGCCUUGGCUGCCAAUGUGAUUUUAGUAGGUUUGGCCCAAGGGUACGUCAUGUGCCGACAGCUGCUUGUGGCCUCAUCCAAGUUGCACGAGGAGAUGCUCAACUCCAUUAUUCGUGCGCCGAUGUCGUUUUUUGAUUCCACUCCGACUGGGAGGAUCAUGAAUCGGUUUUCCCGAGAUGUAGAUGAAUUGGACGUGAGGAUGCCAUUCCUGUGCAGCAUGGUCACGCAAGGGAUCCUGAACGUUUUCCUGCAGCUCGUCGCCAUUUGUUUCGACUACGCCUACUUCACGGCGCCGUUUUGCGUCAUUCUAGUCUUGUUCCUGGCGUUUGAUUACUGGCUAAAUGUCGGGGUGCGCGAAGUGAAGCGAGUGGACAACGUGACUCGGUCCGUCAUUAUUCAGCACAUUGACAUGACUGUGUCUGGGCUCUCGGUCAUUCACUCGUAUGAGAAGGAGACGGAGUUUAUGGACAAGUUUUCUGGACUGGUGAAUCGCCACACGUCAGCAGUGUUGUUGUACCGACACACGUCGCGUUGGUUCCAGUGUCGGCUGGAGUUGCUGGGGAAUAUUGCGAUUCUGGCCACGAGUUUGAUUAUAGUUCUCGGUGACGGCGGACAGACGACGGCUGUGGCCGGUGUUGCGCUCAAUUACGUCUUUCAGUCCUGCGGAUUCUUGCCAUUUUUGCUGAGAGUGAAAUCCGAAUUCCAAGCAAGGAUGACUUCCGUGGAGCGUAUGGUGGAGUACAUAGAGGAUGUUCCUCAAGAGUCUCCCUCGACGUCCAUCGGUGACUCGGAACUGGAUCCAAAGUGGCCCGAAAAGGGUCGCGUUGCGUUCCGUCAUUUCUGCUGUCGUUACAGACCUGACCUACCUUUUGCUCUGAACGACGUUGAUUUCCUGGUGGAAGCUGGAGAGAAAGUGGGAAUCGUCGGUCGAACUGGCGCAGGUUUGUCGUUAAUUUUUGCCAACGGGCAUUUGGGAAAGUCGUCGUUGAUCUAUGCUUUGCUGAGAAUGAUCGAGGCGGAAUCUGGAUGCAUAGAAGUUGAUGGGGUUGAUAUUGGAGGGGUUGGGCUGAAACGACUCCGAGAUGGUGUCGCUGUCAUUCCACAAGAUCCGACGCUCUUCAGAGGAACCAUCAGAUCCAAUUUGGACCCGUCCGCCUCGGAAAAGGACGAGGCCCUGUGGCAAGCGCUGGACCAGGCCCACUUGAAGCCCGUCAUUGCGGGCAUGCCAGCUGGACUGGACUCGGUCAUUGGUGGGGAUGACAAGAAGACCGGGGCUCAUUUGUCUGUGGGCCAGAGGCAACUGUUGUGCCUGGCCCGGGCCCUGCUCAAGAAGAGUCGCAUUCUGGUGCUGGACGAGGCAACGGCGUCGGUGGACGUGCGCACGGACGCGCUGAUUCAGGAAACUCUGCGCACCACGUUUGUCGAUGCCACAGUGCUCACGAUCGCUCACCGGCUACACACUGUGUUGCACUAUGACAAGAUUCUUGUCAUGGAUCGCGGAACGGUUGCGGAAUUUGGCGCUCCGCUGGAUCUGAUGUCGUCUGAAGCCGGCGCCUUCAAGGCACUCAUGGAGACCAUCGGCAUUCGCACUGUCGAGCAAUUCCAAGAAUUCUCUCCCGAGAACCUUCCAUUCAUCGACGCCGACGAGCCGUCGUCAGCGUCGUCGGGAUCCGGGGACCGGUAUUCGUCCUGUGACACCAACGACGUCGACGAGUAGAGAAGAGAAGAGAAGAGAGUAGAUGACGAAUGACGCAUCACUUGUAGAAGUUGAAUAUCGCGAGUCUGGGAAUCAAAAAACGCCAAGAAAACGUCCAAUCGACGGAUCAAUCGGGAGAAGGGGAGGAGGAGGAAAAGGAAACCAAUCAGGAUUUUGCUUUUUUUUUUUUUUUCCUCCGCUCUGAUGGCGUCCACGUGUCGAUAAUUACUUUGUUUGUUUGUUUGUUUUCUGGGGUUGUUAGUGAAUUAGCAGCGCUUUUUCGAGUAUACGUACGUACGCAUACUCGUUGUUGAACCGCCGUCCCAUUUUCAUCCGGAAACAUUGUGGCGAGUUUUUGUCAAAUUCCAUUUUUUGCUUUCGUUUUUCCGCUCUGCUUGUGCUUGCUUGCUUAUUUGGGAAAGUGUUGAAAGCUUGGAUUUGUCCUUGUGAAUACCCUGAGCCGGAAAAAGUGGAACUCCUUCUACAAUAUCUCGUGAAAUUUUGGAACCAUCGCAUUGAAACGAUCGAGAAGAUUCUCAAUUCGAAACUAAUUCCGUGUCAUUUUUCCAAUUAUCUAAACAUAAAACUUUGUCAAUUAGCGAAAAUGAAAUGUCUCUCUGAUGGUUUAUAUCACCAUCGAUUCGCAAUAAGACAAAGGAAAAAAAAGAAGCCCAUUCAUUCCAGAAAAUUUUCGUCGCAAGGUUUCCCGCGUUCUUCUUGUGUUUCUCUCAUUCAUCAGAGGUCUUUAAAAGUUUGGAUCCUAUUGUGUUUUGAAACAAAAUCUGACAUCUUUAAACUAAAAAUUAAAAAAACAGGAACGAUCGGAUUGAGCAUUCAAAUGUGAGAAAACAGGAGGCAAUUUUCUACCUGCGAGUGUAUAAGUGUUGCACCGACGCGACCAUUAAAAUAAUUUGAUGUAGAUGAUCCUGUUAACUUCGAAUUGAAUAAGACUAGUUGGCGAGGUGGUAUAGUUCCAACUGUAGAUGACGAUAUCGCUGUUUUUUGUUUUGUUUUUUUUUUGAAGAAAAUCUGCUCUCUUGUGUUGUUUUUUUUUGCUUUUGACGCAACGAUAUUCUUCGCUGGUGCCUUUUGAGCAGUGAGAAGUGUGAACGGCGUUUGUGUCUCUGCGCAUCCUGGAAUGCCAACAAAAAGAAAAGAAAUACGGAAAUUUGAAAGACUCUAUCGCUUCAGCGCCUGAACGGCAUUUACCCUGUACUGUAAUGUAGUAGUGGCAAUCUCAGCAGGCUUGAGAGAAUGAGAGAGAGAGAGGAAAAGGUCUCCUUAAGCUGUGUAUUUGUCGGUCGAUUUAAGAUGCAUUUGUUUUUCUCCGUCGAAUUCAACGCUUCCAAAAUCAAUGGGGGUCUUCAAAUUGUCUCGUGUACGGGGUGGUACAAAAGUCUGCACAAAUUUUUCUUCUUUUCGAAAUUGGAAUCUCCUUCAUGAUGCGGGAAAAUUCGUCAAGAGAAAGAUGUCAAAUAUUUUUAUGCGGAAAACUGAAAAUCAUUUCAGAUGUGGGAAAGCGUCUGGUGGUGCCCUCCUUUUUUUUUUUUGCUGGACGCAUGCAGUGUCAGUUUCAUUUGAAAAAUAGAACAAAUAGUGAGUCUGUAUUUGCCGCAUUAGAAUUUGCUUAGUUGACGCAGAUAUUAUUCUUCUAGAAUUUUUGCAUAUUUUGGACCAUCCUGUAUUUCGAUGUGUCUGUUGAUCCAAGUAAGAAUUAUAGAUUUUUUUUCGUUUUUUUUAAUGAUGGGGACAGGUUGAGAAAUUAAGAUGCGUGUUGUCGGAAUUCAAGUGCAUCUUACGGUCGCUUAAAUACGCUGAUAUCUUGUAUUUUUCCUCCUUCCCAGUCCCACCCGAAAUGCUUUUGUCGGAUAUCUGUCGAGGUGAUGUCGGCGUGAGACUGACGACGGUGAAUAUCGAGCUCCGUUCUGCUUAUCGUUGACGCUUAUCGUGGUUCCAAUUCAGUGGUUGCAUUACGCAGUUUAUUUUUCUCUCUCUCUCUCUCCUCUCAAGUCAAGAGGUGAUGGAGGAAAAAAGCCAAGGAGACGGUUGUGUUAUACUGUACUGUACUGUACUGUACCUGUGGUGGCUCUGUAAUCUCCUCCCCAACACUUUUGGAUCCUGUUUAUCACGUGUAAUACCUGUGGAGUGACGACCGGCGAAACUCUGUAUGCGACGUCUGUGAUUCCUUUAUUUUUUUUUUCCGGGGAGGGUUUCAGCAAACUCACGCCGCAAUCUCACGCGUUGAAAUGUUUGGCGUUACGUAACGAGAAUGUCGAGUCUUUCCCCCGUGUGUCCCGGUUUCUUCGAGUCAUUGCGCAAACGGGAUUGCUUGGCUCGAGGC